AUGGUGGAUAGGUUAUUUUUAAUUUUGCUGGCUAUAUUGGACACUGGAGUUUUGGGCGCCCAGCAGCAGAAAGGUUUGACCAGGGGGAAAGGUUUUUAAAGCCUAAUAUUUUCUAAUUUUGAAAUAAUUUCCAGUUCCAUCCGCCCCACAAUCAUUUCAAGCAGAGCUCAGCAGUGCAACUUCGGUGAGUUUUUUGAAUUUUUCGAAAAAAAAUGGGUCUGGGGUGGGUUUGAUCCCCAGACCGCUUAGCUGGUAGGCAACACGUUUACCGGCUGAGCUAUAUUUGGAUGUCUAAGUUUUGGGACAAGGGAAGUGAACUUUUGAUGAAACCAAUCGAAAUACACCAAAUCUAGCAUGCUGAUCACGAUUCCGAAGUCAAAAAUUGCCACAAAUGCCUGUGAGCAAUUUUCUGGAGCUCCAAAGUUGGAAUUGAGUUUUGGUUUUUGCUCAUUUUCAAUAUAAAACCUUAUUCAUGUUAUAAAAAUUGAUUUUCCACCCAGAAACAUGAUGAAAAUGAGCAAAAACCAAAACUCAAUUCUAACUUUCGAGCUCCAGAAAAGUGCUCACAGGCAUUUUUGGCAAUUUUUGACUUCGGAUUCGUGAUCAGCAUAGUCUGUUUGGUAUAUUUCGAUAUGUUUCAUCAAAAGUUCAACACCUGACUUUAUGCACUUCCCUUGUGAGCUAUUUGAGCACGAGUUGAAAUUUUGGCCUGAAUCUUGUAGUGCUAAUGAAAAAUUGUUGUAAAAUUCAGGUGAAACUAACAUGGGAGGCGCCAAAACACGAAAAUGGAGCAGUCAUCGGUUUCUACCUUCACUUUGACAAAAUGCUGAAUGGUGAACCAGUGAUUGAUUCGAAAAAACGCAUCAUAAUGAUAAAAGAUGCAAAAAAACGCGACUACGAAAUGGAAUCACUCGACCCGAACACUGAAUACUCGUUCCGAUUAAACGCCUUCAAUCGACUCGGCGACGGUGAAUUCAGCGAGCGACGAAGUGUUGUGACGCAAGGAAUUGCGCCAUUGGCACCGGAAAUUGUCGCGGUAUCGUUGGAUCAAGAUGAGCCGCCGGUUGUUGCGCGAAUUGAGUGGAAGACGCCGAGAUCUAGACCGAAUGAGACGCCGAUUGAUAAAUAUAAUCUGGUUUUAAGGCCGCAAGGAUAUUCGGAUGGUUUUGUUUUGAAGAAGACGGUUGAGGGAGCGGAGAAAUCGACGACUAUUUCGGGAUUGUGUGAGUUUUUUGAAGAGGAAUAGAUUCUGUCUUGUAAACUGUGGAAUUUUAGUCGUUGAAAAAUUUUAUUUUGGCCUGAAAAAGCCUUCAAAAUGUUUGAAAUCAAGUUUUUUUGACGUAGAAAAAUUGACACGAUUUUGCUCCAAAAUCAUCAAAAAUGUGAAAAAUUCCCGAAAAUCCUCAAAUUAUAAGGUAGAUUUGUUUUUUUUUGACAUUUUUCGAAGAAUAUAUAGAUUUUUCAGUAAUUUUAGAUGAUUUUCUUAUGAAAAAUAGCUCCCCGAAAAAAAUACGUUUCAAAAUUUAUUUAUCAAUUUUUUCCGACAAUUUUUUCUCGAUUCACACAUGUUCAAUUUUUUAGCGUAAAUUUUCUAAGCAAAAAUUAACUCCAAUAAUUCUACGUUUCAAAAAUUUUAAAUCUGAUUUUUUAUUUCUCUUUUUCGUUUCUUUAAUACAUCGAUCUUCAGAAAAAAAUAGAUUUUUUCUUUGAAAUCAUCAAAAAUAUGAAAAAUCAGUUUUUUAAUGUCAGAAUCUUUCUCUUAUUAUAGGGUAGAUUUGUUUUUGGCUAAUUUUCCUUUUUUUGUCUUGGAAAAAUAUAGAUUUUUCAGUAAUUCUGGAUGAUUUUCUUAUGAAAAAUAGCUUCCCCGAAAAAAUACGUUUCAAAAAUUAUUUAUAAAAUUUUUCCGACAAUUUUUUCUCGAUUCACACAUGUUCAAGUUGAACGAAAAUGAUGCAAUGCGCCUUUAAAUAAAACUGAAAUCGGUGUCGCCUGCUAUGACAAAAUGGCUUAACCGAAAAAAAAUAUGAUUAGAUAUUCGAAAUCUACGUAUUCGCAUUUAGUUGAAUAACUAUGCGCCGAUUCACCAAACACCCUAGGAAAAAAGUCAUCAUCGCUUCGAGAUAUCGCUCGUAAAAAACAUUAUGUUCCUUUAAAAUUCUACCGUAACAUGACAAAUAAAGAGUGUGAAACACGGAGAGAGUGCGAGAGAAAAAAAAGGAAAAUCUGCAUACACACAGGUACGCAGAGUGUUUGCAAACAGUAAGACUCAUUGCACCGUUUGAACGUGUGUGGAUUUCAAAAUGUUGAAUUUGAUUUGAAAAAUUUUUAGCGUAAAAUAAUCAAAAAUAUGAAAAAUCAGUUUUUUAAUGUCAGAAUCUAUCUCUAAUUAUAGGGUAUAUUUGUUUUUGGCUAAUUUUCCUUUUUUGUCUUGGAAAAAUAUAGAUUUUCAGUAAUUUUGGAUGAUUUUCUUAUGAAAAAAAGCUCCCCGAAAAAAUACGUUUCAAAAAUUAUGUAUCAAUUUUUUGGAGUACAUUUUUUCGUUGUUUCCAAAAACAUUUUAUUUAUAAAAUAAAAAAUUCCCAGUUCCACUUCAAAAUUAUCCGACAUUUUUGUUCCAGUAAUGGGUGUUGUAUACGAUGUUCUGCUAUCCGCCGAAAAUCGCGAAGGUCACUCUCAAAACGCCACCGAAACCAUCGCAACUCCAGUCGGAAUACCCGAAGGCGAACCAAUCAAUGUGCAAUACGAAAUUGCGGACGGAAAGGUUGGUUGGGCUAUUUUAUUUCACUUUUUUUGCUGGAAAAAAAGUUUUUAUUGUCGUGUUGAAUGGGAUGGGAAAACGAUGAACAUAUGAGCGUUCAGUUGAAAAAUUUUCAAUUUUUUUCGAAAACUAUAAUAAUAAUGAGAAUAGCUUUAUUUAUAUUUUUUCUAGCAAAUUUCGAAAUUUUUUGUGGAAUGGUGGGAAUUUUCAACCCUUAGGUGUUUUUUUACCCAAAAAUCUUUUUUUUUCUUCAGAUUGUGGUCUCUUGGCGCCCACCGGCUGAACAGCAGAGAAAUGGAAACAUUACGUCCUACAAGGCUGUUUUGACACCAAUGGAUGCGAGUUCGGAGAGAUUUGAGAAAACGGUGAGAAUUUUUGGGGGUUUUGGUGAAAAUUUGGUGUUUUCUAGUGAAUGUUUCGAUCAAAAAUACCUAGGAUUCAAUUUUUGAGAAAUUUUGAGUUUUUCAGUAGAUUUUGACCUGCUGAUCAUUUUCCAGUUGUCGAAAAUGACUUAGCUCAACUCUGAAGCGAGUUAUGACGUGGCAAAGUUGAAAAGCUGUCUUUGAAAAAAAAAUCUUCAAAACACAUUUUUGAAAUGGCUUUCAAAAUUUGAACAAAGUAAUUUUGUACAUUUUUGGUCCAGCUAAUAUUCCGUGACCACAAAUUACUUAGCUCAACUAUGGGUUAUGACGUGGCAAUGUUUUUUUUCUCAGAAAAUGGGUUUUGCGCCUCGAUUUUGAAGUUUGAACUUUGCCACGUCAUAACUCCCUUCAGAGUUGAGCUAAGUAAUUUUUUACACCGGGAUCAUGAUCAGCUGGUUGAAAUUUACUAGACAACAUCGUAACGCAAAAAUGCUCUGAAAUUAACCCGCGCUUUCUUCAAAAAAUUUUUUCUCAACAAAAAAUAAACAAAAAUGAUGUAUCUGACAGCCUGAAAUUAGUUUCAUUUAAUUCUCGCAGCCAGCCAGCUUUUCCUCGUUUUUUAGUUUUUUUUUUCUCGCCUCAAUAAUUAGUAGUUUGGCGCAGUCAACAGCGCGUGUAAAAAUGCACAUCUUCCUGUUCUUUUUUGGUGCCUAACCAAAAAGCUAUAAGGACAUUUUCGUCGUUCUGUUGAGAAAUAAUAAAUAAUGUGGAUUUUGUUGAGCUCGUCAUCAUUUUUAUGCACAAAAUUUUUCGUCUUCCUGUGAAUUAUUUUUUCUUUUCGGCAUUAUUAUUUGGUUUUCGCACAGAAAUUGUAGUCAGAUGAAUUGAUUUCUUGCUUACCAAACAAGCUUCUCAGCACAUUUUUUUUUCUUGAAACGUAUUUUUUUCAUGCUUUUCACAUAGUUUUUUUUCGGCCGCUUUCUUUUUCUUCCAACAUAUUUUUUUGUUGUGUUGCUGAAGAGCCUAGUUAGUUUUUUCUUGCAUUUUUUUGGAAGAAAAAGAAGAACACAACAAUUUGUUCAAUUUUUCUUUCUGAAUACCUAGUUAUCGAUUUUUCUCGACAAGUUCUUCUAGCCAAUUAAAGUCAAUUCAAAUUUUUUUUCAAAAAAUUGUUUUUUUCUAGAUUCAAUCGCCACACACUUCUGCCACAUUUGAAGUCAACGUUCAAAGAGCGUAUUUGUUCAAAGUUGCGGCGUCGACAAUGAAAGGAUCGGGACCGUAUUCGCCAGUUUUGACGAUGAAUCCGGAUUUGACAGGUUAGUUGAGAGGGUUUUUGAAAGUUAAACCGUGAAAAAUGCUCAAAAAUGAGCCAAGAAACAUUGAAAAUGGUCAAAAUUGAGUCUAAAACAGUGAAUUUGCUCAAUUUUGAGUGAUUUUUCUGCACAAAAAUUCGCACACACGGGGAAAUUUGCAUAAUAAACAAGCUAUGGUGUUUUUACACCUGCCAGCGCGCAUUUUUCAUUUUUUUUCCCCCUCAUUUUUUUUGGUUUUCACCUGAAAUAUAUCAAGUUUGUUCGGAAGCUUGAUAUAUUAUGAAUGAGCAUUUUUUAUUAAAUUUUUCGCCGCCCAACGUCCUCUCGAAAGUUGGGUACUUGACUCGAAGGAGCACCCGAUUUUCUAGAUUUUUCAAAGAUAUUCAGCCAUGAUGUUUGGGCUCUUGGAGCACAAAAGUCAAAGUUUUCCUCUCUGGAAGCAUGUUGUUGGUCUUUCAUUGUACACUUCUUUUGUUUUUUUCUACUCGAAAUUUCGUAUAGAUAUAAUUUCUGUUGAGAAUUCCAAUUAUUUCUCGCCCUCACCUUUAUCUAGGAAAUUAAGUGAGUAACUUUUUGUCGGCGCCGAGAUGAAUAAUGGGAAAUUUUUUCAAUUUCCCGUCUCUUCCUAUCCUUCACAUUUUUGCUAUUUAUGUUGUCUAAGUCGAAAAGUCAAGCCAAGUUAGUUCAACUUGGCGUGAAAAUUGGAGCAAAAAAUGUGUGCACUCCCUCUUUUUUUUUUGGGGCUUUUACUCAUUUUUUUAUCGAUUCAGGUUUUUUGCCAUAUUUUUCCAGCAAGUGAAUAAGUAAGAAUAAUCCAAUUUCCCCGGGCCUCGCUGGAAUUUUCUCUACGUCGCAACACACACUUUUUUUUCUAAUAAAUUCGAAUUAGUUGACAGAGAUCUUUUUAAUCUGUCUUGACAUGGCACAUUUUCUGCGCUUUUCGUUUAUUUUUCUUUCGAAAUUUGGCUAGUUUCCGGUGAAACAUAAAGCAACACAAAAAAAAAGAAAGGCUAUUUUGGUUUUUGAAAUUCUACACCGUUUACGCCUCACUUCAUUUUUUCUCGACAUGUUUUUUUUUUUGACAUGGCAUAACAUCAACAAUAAAUAUGCUAAUAACUUUUUCUGGUUAUGAGCCUAUUACAUUGUUUUAGUUAUUUGAUUUUUUCUCCUCCCAUUCUUCUUUAGUUUUUUUCCUCGUCAUCAUCAUAAAAGUCUUAACCUAACCCACAUCAAAAAUGUAUAGGAAAUAAUUCUUGGAUCUCUCCCACAGAAAGAUGAGUUUUUGAUGCAUUUAUGAGUGAGUUUCUUAAGAAUAUCCCUAUCCAACCCGUCACACGGAUUAUUUUGCCUUGUAAGCUCUGUGCUCUCUAAUUAAUUUUUGUUAUGCUAUUUUGUGCAUUUCACACAUCGAAACCUUUCAAAACUUCCAGAAUUUCCAUUUUGAAUCUGUUCUAUUCGUAGUAAAAAUAUCAAAAAAAAUUUUAGUCGAGCCCAGAACACGGAUUAAUAAUAGGGGGAGCUGGAGGAUUAGGAUUUUUCGCGACAAUUUUUUGUGGCCAGUACUAAAAGCAGGAAAGCCAAAAAACAUCGUUUUGGCGCCUAUUUUUAUAAAUAAUAACUUUGGCCAGAAAUAAUUGUGCGCGCCUAUUUUAUUUUGUGGGUGGAAUUUUUCUUUUUUCUCCUCUAAGAAUGUAAGUUUUUCAAAAAAAGAAAAAAAGUUGACGUCAAUAAAUUUUUAGAAUGUUUUUUUACUAGUUGUCAUAGAUUUUUUCGGCCAAGAGUACUUUUCUGAAAUAUUUCCGCCCCAGUCUUUUGUUCAUUUAUUAUUAGAGGAGAAUCAAAUUUCCCCUCUCUUUCCCCUUCUUUUUUUCGACAUUUUCACCUCAUCUUCGCUCAUUAGUAUUAUUAGUAUUGGUAUUAUCUAUUGAUCUAUUUAGCUUGUUUUUUUUAAAGAAUGGAUGGAGAGGAAGAAUACAGCUAUUCAGAAUAUGGGCAAACAUCGAGUGAAAAACCGGAAAUCAUUUCGACUACCUUGGACCCGCUGGGACAUUUGAUAAAUCCGGUCAAAUGUAAAACUGGAUUAUCGGUGAGACUUGAAGAGUUGUUGAAUAAUUUGUCGUCGGGAUGGAAAUAUCAUGUGUCGAAUACUGAUGGAGUUAAAGAAGCUUGGGAGUUGCUGCAGAAUUCGACGAAUGUGCUUUGUGAAGAGAUGAAAGGUAUUGUAAACUUAGAAAUUUUGUAGACUACAAGUUUCCGCGCAGCGGCGAAGUUACUCUAACACUUAACGAUUAAAAAAACCACUUUUAAGCUGAUUUGGUCCAAUUUACCUUUUUAUGUUUGCCCAAAUCGAAAAUUGCUCCAAAGCUCUGGAAAUUUGAAGCGAUUUUCGUGUUAGCUGUUUUUGUUCUGUAUACACAGCUGUUUGUUCUUCACAGCUUUUUUUUGUUCAGAGAUUUUCCGAUUUUUUUCGUAAUUGACCUCGGAUUUUUGUUUUCUCUGGAAAAAACCGAAAACAAAUGUCAUCUCGUUUUUUCGAAACAAAUAAGAUUGAAAUCUGUUGUUUUUUCACACCAUUAGACUUCCUCCCCUUGUUAUUUUUUCUUUCUCUCUGCAAAGCCAGCUACACAAAACCGAACGAUUUCUCCUCCUUGAACUAAUCCCAUCUCGUCAUUCAUUUUUUGUGUGUGUUGUUGUUAGCGGUGUUGAUUAGUUAGAAGUGCAACCCGACACAACGCGCAAAAAAUAAGGAGAAAAAGUUUUGUGAAGCGUGGCGGCGCGGCGGGGGAAUUAAUCAUGUCGAGUUGAGAGAAGCCCAUUUUUUGUGGUCCCUCCUCGCCCAACAUCUUUUUGUUCUUCUCGCUCUCAUCUACUAAUUAUCUAUCUGACUAUAUCUAGAAGCUGAAAAAACAUGUAUUCUAUAAUGUAUGUGCCACGUGUCAAAAGAGCUAGCCGAGGAAAGGAUAAACAAUUGAAGGAUCAGAAGAAGAAGCAGAAGAAGCAGAUGACGAUUUCGAAACAGGCACAACAGAAAAGGAUUGAGCAGGAUGGUGAAUUUUUUUGGAUUGUUUUAGUCUUGUAGCUGGAACUUAGGCCUGUGCCGGAGAAUUUUGAAUGAAUUCUGGAUUUUCUCUAAUUUCUAAUCAAAAAUUAUUUUUUUGAGGCUUAAAUUGAGAAUUCUGAGAUUUUUUUCGAUGUUUUUUGAUUUCCAUUUCGAAAAUUCUGAAUUUGGAAGAUAUCUACAGAACUUUUGAACGGUGUAAACUGUUUUCAACUCUAGAAAAUUCAUUUUUUUUUCGUAAUUUCAAAUUUUGAGAUUUCGAAAAUUUUUCAGUUGAACAAGAUUUUUAACUACAGACAAUUCAAAAUUCAAUUUGAAACUGAAAUUCUGAACUUUGAGAUUACGAAAAUUUUCCAGUUCAAUUUUUUUUCCGCUUUUCCGCUUCUCACUUUCCGCACAGGCCUGUUGAGUACCAUUAGCUCCAUUAAAUCCCCAAUCUUGAAAACCCACACCCGCCCUUUUUGUUUGUUUUUUUCAGUUCAAACGAAUUUUAAUUAGUCACUGGGAAAUUUUUCUCCACAUAGAAUUUAAGAAAAUUUCUAUUUUUGCUCGAAAUUUUCAAAACUUGGGUGUGGUUUUGACUGGUAGAAGGAGGAUGACGUGGUUUUUAUCCCGAAAUACCGGAUAUUUACGGCGAUUUAUGUGAGAACGCAUAAUUCAUUCCGAAUUUUUCUAGCCAUUCCAUGUAACAAGAUUAAAAAAUUUUCGUCGCAUCUCGUUUUCCUCUUUUAUAGAAAGCGAAAAGGAAUGAAUUCGAUUUUCUGUCAUUCACCACGAAUUUUCAGAGCUUCCCUUUCCGCUCUCGGCUCAAUUUUUUUGUUCGAGUUAUGUCAAAAGACAUUUUGCUCAAAUAGUUCAAACCAAUUUUUUAUUGUGUUUGGAGAAAAUCCCUGAAAAAGGAGAUGAAGAAAAAAUAAUAAAUAAAAUAUUUUGCAUUUGUCAUUCAUUCACAUUCCACAGAAGAAAAAACGACAUGAGCCCCGUUUUUUUUCUUUUUUCUUUCUUAGUUUUGGAUGUGCAAAAAGUGCAUUCCUUUCUUUAUAACGACAAAAAGUUGUGCAAAAAAAAAAACUAUGUCGUAAUUUUUUAUUCAGCAAUUAAAUUGAGCCCUUCCCCCUUUCUUCCGGUUGACAAUCUUGUUAAUUCAAUUUCCAAGAAAAAUUCGCUCUCUCCUCUUUUUUUCUAUCGCGUUUUUUCGUCCUCCUUCUACCUAGCUAUAAGUUUUUUCUGAAAAGCUAGGUGAAUUUUUGUAGAAUUUGUUGUAACUUCGGAUUUUGGCGAAACGCCGGUGUAUCCCAUGGCUGAGCUACCGGCGAAUCAUGAGAUCUCCACGGCCGAUGUGUAUUCUGCGAUUCUACAUCAAGCUCCGGGACCUAUGGAGCAUCCGAUUUCGGCGAAACUUUCGGCAAUCUCUCAGCGGAUAUCGCCAAUUAUUAUUCCGUCUAGUACCACCACGACAACAACAGCUACCACAUUAAUAGUCGAUGUCACAAUUCCCUUCAUGACAACCGGAUGGACACAAAUACACGCACUCAAUAGUUUGUUUAUGGGCGAAAAUAUCCCCGCGGGCGAAAUUCAUUUUUACUCCCCAAAAAAAAUAUUACUUGUAACAUAAAAGUGCUUCCACUCAAAUUUCAUGUGGAUUCUGAAUUCUUUCACACGGAAAAACAUUAGCGAAUUAAACGAGCACUUGUGGGGUGGGUGAAACAUAAGAAGAGAGGGGACAAAUAAAAAAAAGCACAUAUAGAGUAGUAUUAAGGGGGGAAAGUUGAGGAAGCAAAGCAAGGGGCGGAGUAAGCUUGCUUUUGAUACGUUUUGUUGUGUUCCGGAAGACGGCCGAGAAAGGAGAAAAUUACCCCCUGCAUCAUUUUUCUCCGCGCAUUUUUUUAUUAUUCACUAGCAUAUAUGUAUGUAUUAAAUACCUGAAAUUAUGUGGAGAUGAUGAAUUAUUUGUGGAUUUUUGUCUUGCUGCACGCGACGACUCUAGCCUUUUUUCCCGACGAAUCACUCAGAUACCUGAGUUUUUCUAAACCUUUACCACAAAAAGUGAGAUCGAGGCUACCGUCGUUGACUAGUGGUGGUUUCUUUGGUGCCGAAAGCGCUAUGCGUAGAACUGAGGAGCUAAAAAAGCCCCCGACUCUGCGGAGCUCGGCGAAUUUUAAGGAGAAGAAUAUUUUUGCGGCUAUUGUGCAUGGGCUACUCAAAAAUGAGACCACGACGAUGGGGUUGUGUGAGUUUUGGGGAGUCUGGGAAAUUGUCUGAAUCGGACCGCAGGCUAGACAAAAUCGGUCCCAAUUACCCCAAAUUUUUCCAACAAAAAAGAACACAAAUCGCUGUUUUCCUGUGUGCGCGAAAAGGGAAAUAUGGCGAAAAACUUGGUGAAAAUACCAAACCCUACGCGCAAAAAAGAAAAAAGCUAGCCUACGGUAUUUUCCAGGACCUACAUGUCCAAAAAUAUACGUUUCAAAAUUAUUAUUGAAUCUUUGGAAUCGUUUAUCAAGCGAUUCGAGCGUUAUUUUGUUCCGUAGAAAAAAUAUAAAAAUAUCCAUUCUUGUUAGAAAUUCAUGAAAUUUUUGCGAAUUUUUUCCAGCUGUCAUCGGACCACCGACAAAUGUUCAAGCUGAAGCACUCUCCAAUUCAUCUGUUGUUGUGCAAUGGGAUUUUGAAUCUGUACAGGUGGGCUAUUCUAUUUUUUUCUCGGCUUCAUUUUUCCCAACAAAAAAAAAUGGGGACCUCUUUUGUUUUCUUCCCAAUUGAAUUGUGUUAUUUUUACCCUCUUUUUUUUUCUCGUUGAAAAAAAUAUAUAUACGAAAAAGCAAAAAAAGAGUCAGAUUUGUGUCAAAAACAACGAGUCAAGGGGGAAAAUGAGACAUUUGGGAAAUUCGAGAUUUUUUUCCAGGCCGACUCGUUUGUUGUGAAAUAUAGUCAUGAGCCGGAGGUCAAUAAGAAGGGAACGGCAAUCUCGCAACAAGUUGAUGGAACGGCGAGAAGUGUCAAGAUUCAUGGGCUCGUCUCCAAUAAGCCAUAUAGUUUUUGUGUGUUGGCUGUGAAGAAUAAUGUGAGUUUGGAGAGAUUUGCGAGAUUUUGAUACUAAAUAAGCCUGUUAUUAAUUUUGGAAUGGAAAUCUGGAAAAUUUGGCUGAAAUUUUUAGAUUUUCUGUGAAAUUUGGGAUUUAGAGAUAUCCCAUAAGCAUAAUUUCCAGCUUUUUCAUCCUGAACAUAAUGAUAGGCUUAUCUGAUAUCCCUAAAACCCCAAUUUCAUGAAAAUUCAAUUUUUAGAGCUUAAAUGUUAUGUAAAUUCUGGAAAUUUCAGGUUUUUCAUAAAAUUUGGGUUUGAAAUAUACUAAAUAAACCUAUAAUUAAUUUUGAUGAAAAUCUGGAAUUCCAGGCUUCUGGAGUACUUUUUGAACUCUAUUUUUUUUAGGAAAAAUCUGAAAAUUUCAGAUUUUCUAGUAGUAGAUAAGGCUAGACUUCAAAUUAGGCUCAAAAUCUACCCUCCGAGCUCAAAUUUUAUGUGAAUUCUGAAAAUUUCAGGUUUUUCAUGAAAUUUGGGUUUGAAAGAUACUAAAUAAGCCUAGAAUUAAUUUUAGGAUACAAAUCUGGGAUUCCAGGCUUCUGGAAAUCCCAGAUUUGUUUUUACCCCAAUUUUUAGGGAAAAAUUCUGAAAUUUUGAGAUUUUUCAUGAAAUUUGGGUUCAAUUUUAGGAUGAAAAUCUGGGAUUUAAGCUCAGAAAUAUCAAAUUUGAUCAAAAUCUUAUAUUUCUUCAGAGACAAGGUCAAUGCUCAGAACCACCAUUUGUUAUGAAUCAAGUCCGACCCGAAUACAUUGUUCAAAAUUUCCGAGUUCUCUGGAAAACUGGUCAAUCGGUAAAAUUGGCGUGGGACUACAACGGGCCGCGAAAUGUCCAGUUCUAUUUGAAUCACGCCGGACACAAGGAUUAUUAUACUCAAGAAUUGACGCUGAAAACGCUGACGACACCCGGCUACGAGACUACGGUAGAUGGCACAAGUCGCGAAUAUUUGUGGCAACAAUUGAGACCGUAUAUGAAGUAUAAAUUUGAGAUUGGUGUGAAAUUGGAUGCGCCAGGAGGCCGCAAGUAUUGGCCCGUGGAGGUGCAUACGCAGACGGAAGCCACAGCUCCGCCAUAUGUUGAAGCACCGAUGCUUGCCGAAGGCGGAAGUGAUAUGCCUGGACAAAGAUCUAUCAGAUUGAAACCGUCUUCGGAAGAGUAUGGAGAGAUUAGGGAAUAUUAUUUGAUUGUUGUACCCGCAAAUUAUUCACAGGUUUGGGUUUUGGGGGAUUUUUUGAGCCUAGAUUGUCUUAUACAAAAAUCAUUGCUUUUGAAACAGGGAAAUUUUAUACAAAAUCUGAAAAAUUUAUUAUUUUCAAGUUUUCGGAAAAAAAUUAUAUGAAAUUUUUGAAACAGUGGAAUUUUUCAUUUUUUCGAAAAUUUGAAAUUUUAUCAACAAAAGUUUUGAGAAUCAAUCAAAUUCCAGGCAAGAGUUAUAGGAAAAUUUUGAAACAGUCAAAUUUUCAAAUUUUAAAAAGUUAUCUAGUAAAAAAUGGAAUAAAAAAUCGAUAAUAAAUUUCUGAAAGUUCGAGAUCAAUUUUUUUUUUGAAAAGCGAAUUUCUGACAAGAAAGGCAAAAAUUUGGAAAUAGCCUCUCAAUUUUUUUCAAUUCAGAUUUUCGAGCCCCAAAAUGCCAUAUCGAAUUUAUGGUUUUUGAAGUUUUAGAAAAAUAUUUAACAAAUGAAAACUUUCAUUUUGUUUUCGAAAAUAACUUAUGGAGCGAAUUUUUUUUAAAUAUACAGUUUGGAAAUUAUUUAUGAAAUUCCAGAAAAAUUAUAUUAAUAUUUUGAAACAGUGAGAUUUUUCUGGAAAUCCAAGAUUACUUUUAUCAAUCCCAAAAACUGUUGAAACGUAAAAGAUCUAGAAAAAAUGGUUUGGGGAUCAAAAAUCCAAAUUAAUUUCUGAUUUUUCCUCCAGGAUGCCAUCGUCAAUCUGAAUCGCGAGCAACUCGACGCGGCCACGAAUUUCAAACGCACCAACGUCGCCAAAAUCUCAGUGUCACCAGCGAAACGACUCAAGCGAAAAUCGGCGCAUUUCCAUGAGGAUUACCAACCGGAGGUAUGUAUUUUUCAUGUUUUUUUUGGAUUUAAUAAUUUUUUUUUGUAUUUCCAGACCAAACGUCAUAAACGAGCCGAUGUGAAUUUCCCGGGAGUUUACGUAACUGCAAAAUUGUCGUCGAAUGAAGUGAAGAGAAGAUUCAAUCAAGGACAGCCUUUUGUUGUUGGAGACUCGCAGGUUUGUCGUUUUUUCCGCUUCCGCAAGCUUCCGGAAAGCCCAAACUUAUUAGAAAAACAAAAAUAAAUGUGCCCAAUUAUUCAGUCACGCUAGAGAAACUUUUUGGCUAUUUAUUUUAUUUUUCCUCUUUUCUUCUUUUGCCGAAGCAAAAAAUUGGAAAAUAGAGAGAUAUUAGUUUUUCAAGUGGAUUUUUCCAUUUUAGAACCCCGUUUUUUCUAUACGAAAAUAUUAUUUUUAUUGUAUUUUUUCACACGAGCGAAAACCUUUUUGUCUUUCUGUUUUCUGUUUUUUCUCCCGGCACAGAUUAAAAUCGAAACUUUUUUACCGAAAUUUUGCGGAAAUUUUGGCUCAAAACAAACAGAGCACACUUUUCUGUUUGUGUGUUUUUGGCUCGAGUGAGCACAUUUUUUCUCUGGGGUGCGCGAAACUUGGAUGUAGUUAUGAGGUGGCAAAAUUUGGUGGAUUUGCCACGUCAUAGCUUUUUUUUGACUGCUGGAAUCACAGAUUUUUAUGAAUUCUAUUGAAUUUUUGGGCCCAAAAGAUAAACUAUUCCUAAAAUCCUGAAAUUCACAUGAAAUAUAAUUAUGACGUGGCAAAAUAGGAAUUUUUGAGAAAAAUCUGGGGUUCAGGAGAUUCAGAAGUAUUUUUUGAAUAAAAAAAUAAAAGCUCAGAUUUUUUGCCACGUCAUAACUAUCUUUUGAGUUUCUCAGAAUUUUUUUUUGAAUCAUUUUUGGCAAAUUUCGAAUUCUCAAGUCCAAAUCUAAAUUUUGGCACAAUGCCCAAGAGAUAAAUUAUUUCAAAAAUGCUAAAUUUCACAUAUAGUUAUGACGUGGCAAAAUCCAGAAUCUAGAAGUUUUUUCUGAAAUUUUUGCUAGAAUCAGAGGAUUUUUAAUUCUAAAAAUUCUUUUGUUUUUUUGAAAAUUGCCACGUCAUAAUAAUAUUUUAAGCGUCCCAAUUUUUAAAAUUAAUUUUUCAAAAUUGUUAUGACGUGGAAAAAUCCAGAAUCUAGAAGUUUUGAAUGAAUUUCCUGAAUUCUGAAAUUUUUGGUAAAAUCAUAUUCUAAAAAAAAUUUUUUUUUGAAAAUUGCCACGUCAAUCCCUCCUAAAUUUCACAAAAUUCCAGACGUAUGAAGGAUUUGUGAACUACCCGCUGGAACAAAAUCAACAAUAUCGCCUAAUGAUGCGAGCCUUCGCCAAAACUGACGCGCGCCCCAAAAACUCGCUGGAACAACGUCCGCCAAUGGGCGAAAGCCUCGACAAUCUCUACAAAGACUCGCCGCUCUCCGAAGCCUUUACGACGCGCGGCGGCCUCCGCGCGGCAACCGGACAAAAAUCAUCGCCAUGGCUCGGCGCGUGUAUCGCCUUCCUGGUGCUCUUUUCCAUUGUCGCCAUGCUCAUUUGCUGGUGGUUGAGAUGUAAUAAGAAAUCGGCGGGAAGACAUCCGAGACAUGGAAGUAUUACGAAAGUUGCGCUAACUGGAAAUGGUAUUAUGAAUGGGAUGAAUGGAGAGACGAGUAAAUUGCUGAAUAAUGGAAAUUGUGAAUCGAUAAAUUAUGGAAGACAGGGUGGACAGGUUAUGAAUCCGUAUGAUACGAUGGAUUUAUACCCGCUGCCUGCUGUUAGACAUGUUCCAGUUCCUGUGCCGCUUCCUAGUCUCCCAAAUGUUGGAGGAAUCAAUAUCCAAUCAACCAAUAAUGUUACACAUCCAUCGAUUCCGAUUGCUGAACUUGCGAAUCAUAUCGAAAGGCUCAGGCAGAACAACAAUCAGGGUUUCCAGAAUGAAUUUGAAUCGGUUGAAACUGGCCAAACCUUCACGUGGGAGCAUAGUUCUGCUGAAUGCAACAAGCAUAAAAAUCGAUAUGCAAAUGUGGCCGCCUAUGAUCAUACCAGGGUGGUUUUGUCGAAUGAUGAUUAUAUCAAUGCGAACUAUAUUGAUGGAUAUGAUAAGUCGAAGAGUUAUAUUGCAACGCAGGGACCGUUGCCGGAGACUUUUGCUGGUGAGUUGGGGGAUUUGGGCUGGGAAAAUUUGGACAUUUUUUUUCUUAGAAAUUUGAUUCAAAAAUUAUCUGGAAUUCCAAAAAAACAGUUUUUUUUGCAAAUUUGUGGCGAAUUUCAAGGUUUUCAAAAAAUCCUGAUUUUUCUGUUGAAAUUUUAAGGUUAUUGCUCAUAUUUAAAGUUAUAAGGCGAAUUUCGAGGUUUUCUGAAAAAAUACGAUUUUCUGUUGAAAUUUUAAGAUGUUUUUCUCAAAAAAAUUUUUUUUUUGAAUUCAUAAAAACGCUUUCAGAAAAUCUGUUAACUGAACAAUGAUCUGGAAAUCUGAAAAUCGAGUUUUUUGCGUCAUUGCUCAUAUUAAUUUCAUCUGAGUUUGAGCAGAAAUUAGAUCUGAAAAAUUUUUUUUCGGAAUUUUAGGUCAUUGCUCAUAUUAAAAGGCGGAUUUCAAGGUUUUCUGUAAAUCCUGAUUUUUUGUUGAAAUCCUAAAAAUUCUGAGUUUUUGAUUCAGAAUUAUUUGGAUCUGAAAAUGAAGCUAAUAUGAGCAAUGAAGCAAAAUUUAAAAAAAAUGUGAAUUUUCCAUCUUUUCCACCUUUAAAAAAAAUCAGGUCCAUAAGAAUUUCACGAAGUAGCUUAAUAUAAGCAAUCUGUUGUUUUUGCCACGUCAUAACCAUAAUUUUUGCAGAUUUCUGGCGAAUGGUUUGGGAAGAAGGAAGUGCGACAAUCGUAAUGCUGACAAAUCUCGAAGAACGAAGUCGAAUCAAAUGCGAUCAAUAUUGGCCAUCAAGAGGCAGUGCAACCUAUGGUGAAGUUAUCGUAACUCUUUUGGAAUCUGUCACACUUGCACAUUACACAAUGCGAACGAUGAGAUUACAAGUGGCUGGAGAACCGGAGAUUCGAGAGAUCAAACAUUUGCAAUAUACAGCUUGGCCAGAUCAUGGUGUUCCUGAUCAUCCGACGCCAUUUUUGAUUUUCUUGAAAAGAGUUAAGACGUUGAAUCCCGUAGAUGCUGGACCGAUUAUUUCGCAUUGUAGUGCUGGAAUAGGUCGAACUGGUGCAUUUAUUGUCAUUGAUUGUAUGCUCGAAAGAUUGAGAUAUGAGAAUACGGUAGAUAUUUAUGGAUGUGUGACUGCUCUUCGAGCACAAAGAAGCUAUAUGGUGCAGACGGAAGAGCAAUACAUAUUCAUUCAUGACGCGGUUUUGGAUGCGGUGAAUUCGGGAUCGACGGAAGUUCCCGCUUCGCGACUACAUCAACAUGUUCAAGCGCUCAUGCAGCCGACUGUUGAUGGAAUGAGUGGAAUUGAUAUGGAAUUUCGACAUUUGACGACGUUGAAAUGGACCAAUAAUCGAUGCCAGAUUGCGAAUCUACCGGUGAAUCGGCCGAAGAAUCGAGUGUUGAGCUCGGUUCCGUAUGAUUCGAAUCGAGUGAUUUUGCAAAUGAUUCCUGGAAUUGAUGGAAGUGAUUAUAUUAAUGCGUCGUGGAUUGAUGGAUAUAAGUGAGUUUGCGGGGAACUUUUUGGGAAAAAUUGCAAAAAUUGAUAAUUUUGAGUCCAAACAUGGUUAUUUUUUGACUAGUAUGAGCAAUGCUCCAUUUUUUUUCGGGAAAAUCGAUAAUUUAAUGUCCAAACAUGAUUAUUUUUAGACUUAUAUGAGCAAUGCUUCAUUUUUCGGAAAAUUCGAUAUUUUUGAGUCCAAACAUGGUUAUUUUUAGACUUAUAUGAGCAAUGCUCCAUUUUUUCGAAAAAAUUGCAAAAAUUCGAUAAUUUUGAGUCCAAACAUGGUUAUUUUUUGACUAAUAUGAGCAAUGCUCCAAUUUUCGAUGAAAAUUGCAAAAAAUCGAUAAUUUUUGAGUCCAAACAUGGUUAUUUUUUGACUAGUAUGAGCAAUGCUCCAAUUUUCGAUGAAAAUUGCAAAAAAAUCGAUAAUUUUUAAGACUAACAUGAGCAAUGCUUUGCUUUGUCAAAAUUUUUUUCUCACUCAUUUUUUUUAUUUUCUCACACAUUUUUCCACGAAAAAUCGAUUUUUUUUUCGAAAUUAUGGAAAUUCCACGUCAUAGUUCAAGCUUUCCAACAUUUUUUCCCCAAAAAUAUUUAUUUUCAAAAAUUUAAAUUGAAAAAGUUUGCCACGUGGAAAAUUUUGAAAAAAAAUUGAUUUCUGGCUAAUCUAGAAAUUUAGGAUGAUUUUUUUAAUCUGAAAUUCCACGUAUAUUUAAAAAUUCAAGAAGUUUUGUUUUCUAAAUUUGACAGCCGAAACAAAAUGGUUAUCUGAAAAUUUAACAAAUUUUUUUCUAAAUUUUUUCUAAGUGAAUUUUUUUAUCUGAAAUCUGAAAAAUAGUUCAAAUUCCCACGUCAAAAUUACUACACCAGCUUCAUUUUCAACAAAAAAUCCACUCAAAUUCAUUUUUUUUUUGCAGAGAACGCGGUGCCUACAUGGCAAUGCAAGCGCCUCUCAACGAAACCGCCGCCGAUUUCUGGCGAGCCAUCUGGGAACAUCAAUGCUCGAUGAUUGUGAUGCUCGUAAACACGUGGGAACGUGGACAAGAACAAUCGAGCGAAUAUUGGCCAUUGGAGACUGGAGUACAAGUCGGAAAAUUGGUAGUUGAACCGAUUGCUGAAUACAAUAUGGAACAUUAUAUUUUGAGAGAGUUUCGGUUGACCGAUUUCCAGGUUGGUUCAUUUUUUUGGAUUCCUCGUGAAAUUUUGACCCGGAAUAAUGUAAAAAUCGAUAGAUUUUCACUAGCGGGAUCGAACCCGUCACCUCUAGAUUGAUAGAAUGACCUCUAACCGGCUGAGCCAAUUUUUAGCAGGGUGAAAGGUUGCGGGUUCGAUUCCUCGCGCUGGCGAGCUUUUUUUUAUGUUUUGGGGUUCUGAAAAUUCACAUGGGGAAUUUUGAAUAAUUUUUGGAAUUUCCCAUAUGGAUUUUCAGAUUCCUCGUGAAAUUCUAGCCCGAAAAUGUAUAAAAAUCAAAAAAAUUUGACAAAUUUUUACUAGCGGGAUCGAACCCGUCACCUCUAGAUUGAUAAAUUGACCGCUAACCAGCUGAGCCAAUUUUUGGCCGGGCGAAAGGUCGCAUGUUCGAUUCCUCGCGCUGGGCGUAGAAUUUUUCGGGGAUUUUGGAAAUCCACUUGGCGAAAGCUGGGAAUUCUUGAAAAAUCCAUUGUUUUUCCAGACCAAUGAAUCUCGAACUGUUCGACACUUUCAAUUCAUCGAAUGGCCCGAAUACGGUAGACCGGAUAGCGCAGAGCAUUUCAUCGAUUUCGUCUCACAAGUUCAUCGAGCCUAUUCGCAAUUCGGUGUCAGUGGACCCAUCACAGUACACUGUACGUCGGGAGCCGGAAGAACGGCGGUUUUCAUUUCGCUGGCUAUUAUUUUGGACAGAAUGCGCGCUGAACAUGUUGUUGAUGUUUUUACGACUGUGAGUUGUUUUUUUGGGGGUUUUUCUGGUGGAUUUUGACCCUCUGAAGAGAGUUAUGACGUGGCUCUCAAUUUCCAGCCAAAAAUCGUGAAAUUCUGAAAAAAGUUGAACAUUUUUGAUCAAGUUUUUGAGCUAAAAAAUUAAUUUACUGAAAAUGCUAAUUUUCAGCGCGAAAAAUUGAUCUGGAAAAUUUUUUGAGCCAAGAUAUGAAAAUUAUGACCUCCCGGGAGCACUUUUGUGCAGAAAACACUUUAUGGAUCAAGUUUUUGAGCUGAAAUGAUGAAUUCACUGAAAAUGGGUAUUUUCAGCGUUUUCAGCGCGAAAAAUUGAAUCAAUCAACCUAAGAGUUAAGCUAACUUUUCUGAGAAUCUCUAGCAUUUUAGAAAAAAAACCUUUGAAUUUGCCACGUCAUAACUCUCUUCAGAGUUGAGCUAACCAGCUCUAAAUCUACUACUAGUGAAAAAAAUCAGAAUUAAUUUUUUUUUGCAGGUCAAACUUCUUCGGACCGAACGUCAAAAUAUGAUUCAGGACAAUGAGCAAUAUCAAUUCUUAUAUCAGGCAACUUUUGAAUAUCUCGCCUCCUAUGAUAAUUUUGUGCAGUAA